ACUCGUCCGCAGGCAAACAAGUGAAAGCACAAUUUUUGUAGAGGAAAAAAGUAAAAAAUUACCGAAAAAGCGUCGAAAAAGUGCACAAAACUCGUUGUAAAUAGUGUAAAAGUGGAGUUUUUGUUGUGUGCCGCGGAUUUUUCGUAAAGUUUGCUUCAAUGUGCGACCCGCAAGGGCGGAAAUUUGUGAAAAACCAACGCGACUCUCGACACACAUCAAACAACGUAGCUGACAAAGGAGACGACAACGACAGAGAAAGCUGCUUGUUUUCCGUAGAACAGCAUUUCCAAUAAAAUCCGAUGGAAUUAUGCAGGACUCAUUGUCGUUCGCCCUAACUCAGAUCAGUUAUUUGGUUUUUAACAUAAACAAGAGGAAUUUCUCGCAGAACGUCAGGUUAAUUAACAAGUUAGUAGAGCAGUUUGGAUUUGAGGCGGAUCGUCAUUACCUUCGCUGUUUAUUCUCCACAAUUGACUUUGGGGACAUCCAAGCUGCCAAAGCAUCGUCACAAGCGAAAUUAUUAUCGAACGAAUUAACUGCUUUACUCGACAAACCAUACCUAAUAUCGAACAUUUGCUACGCUUUUGACAAUCAAAUUAACGAUUCAAAGAGUCAAUCCGUUAAGCCGAACAUCCAGCAAAUCUCAAAAGCGCUAAAUUUUUCGACAAUUCAGGAGGUCGCUCUCACCGUCGCCCUCCAACAUUCGAGCACCGCUGAGCUCGCAAAGUCCGCAGAAAGUCAUCUGAAGCUUUGUUUGCCCAAUUUGCUCACAUCUUACAUCAAUUUAGACACGAGCGCUGCAUCGCAAGACCUCAAUUUGAACGAUAUCUCGCCGGAAUUGCUUCAAUUGAUUCUCUCGUUGUUGUCGCACGACAAAUUCAAGCAAUACAACAUCACCGAAGCCGUCUACACGAAAUUCACGGAGCAGCUGCGGAAGGAUUUCCCGAAAGAACGGGUCCCAUUGAUUCUUGCGCCGUUACUGUACGACGAAAAUUUCGGCUUGGAUCCGGAUUUCAGUAAUUACCACAGUUUUUUGAUCGAUUCCGACAUCAUGGAUACGUCCUGGAGCAAUCUCAUAGUCGAAAUCGGUUACGCGUUCACGGCUUCUGUCGACGAAUGCAAAAAUCAUCUCAGCAAAGUUGGCGGCAGGGAUUUGACGCCGCUCGAUGUUGCCCGUCUUAUCGCUCUCAUGUGCCGUACGCACACAAAUUUGUCCGAUAGCAGCAUCAAUUUGCCCACGCCAAGCGCUUUUUGGAACCAAGCAGAGCGCGAAAAGGCACUGGCUGCCUCUGGCGAACACGUAACGUGGAAACCCGAUGUUUUUGUGCAAGCAUUGAAGGAAGUUGCCCCAAAUAUUGACUGGAAAAAUGUUUGCAUCGAUUUAGAUCAUCCGGAUUUCCUCAUCAAAGAUCGUCCCGCACUCAAUUUGUUCCUUACGAUUUUCCAUUUGGGCCUCCAACUGCAAGGAAAUGGACAAACAUCGAAUUUCCCAGCUGAAUGUCUUUAUCGGCAUUGGAAUAACGUCGAAGGGCAACUUUCCUUGAUCGCCAUAAUCUUGAAAAAUCCCGAUCUUUACAGUUUUGCGGAUUACGUUUUCACCAGCGUCUCAAUUGAACUCUUGAAAACGCCCCCCGAAAUGGAUAACAAAGAAAUUGCCGCUUGGAAGUCCUUGCAUUUGGUCGAUGUCUUGUUAUAUAUCGGAGACAGUGGAUUAUUUGGGCCCGUUUUGGAAAUUUUCAAGUUUCCGUUGCAACAUUGCCCCGACGUGCUUUUUAUGGCGUUGUUACAAAUCAAUCCGCCAAUUUCGCCGUUGCGGCAGGAGCUGUUUAAUCAAUUGUUGCCGAUAUUUUUGGCGAAUCACCCGAAUUCGGGACCCAUUUUGCAUCAUGCAUGGAAUGCGCCUAAUUUCAAUAAUGCCUUGAAACAUUUCAUCAUGCAAGCGAUGAGUGAUUGGUACGUCCUCGGCGACUACGAUCAAUCCCGUUUAACGCGCAUCCUCGACGUCGCCCAAGACCUCAAAGCACUUUCCAACUUGCUCAACGUUCGUUCCUUCAUGUUCGUCAUCGACUUGGCGUGUCUCGCCUCCCGUCGCGAAUACCUGAAGCUCGAAAAGUGGUUAAGCGACAAAAUCCGCGAACACGGCGAACCUUUCGUACAAGCCAUCGCAAAAUUCUUGCAACGUCGCUGCCCCCAAAUCAUGGGAAUCAAAUUGCCGGAAGACCAGAUGCCCAAAAGUCAACAGCUACCGCAAGAAACGCUCGUCAUCAUGCUAACUUGCCUUCAAGCGUGCGCCAGUAGCGUCACGCAACCCGAACUCACGGAAGCGAUAAUCACGAUGACGACGAAUUGCAACAUGAUGUUGAACAAAAAUCGUCAAGUUCCGCCGCCGGGUGUGAUUCGUCAACGCGAAACGCCCUUUUCGGGCAGCACAAUGAACCCGCAUCUCUUUAAUGCGCCUGCCGUGGAUGCCAUUGCUUCGGGCUUGAAUGCAAGUAUGGCUGGUUUGAAUUUAUCGGGACCCGCAGCGAACGCUUUUAACAAUUAUGGCAACGUUUUAGGCAAUUUAGUGACGGCACCGGCGUCUCCAUCGCGUCUCUUGGGCAAUCCAAGUAAUAGCCCGUUCCCAAUAAUGCCGGGAGUGGCAAAUCAAAACACUUUGGCGAACCGCAUGGGACCCACGCAGAUCAACGAUAAGCUCAGUAUGCCAAGUACGCCCGGAGUUUUGCCCGAAAUGGCGCAACAAGUCUCCAAAGAAGUCGAAGACGAAGCAAAUUCCUACUUCCAGCGCAUUUACAACGUGCCGCCGCAUCCAACUUUGAGCAUUGACGAAGUACUUGACAUGCUGCAACGCUUUCAGGAGUCCACAAAUCGCCGGGAACGCGAAGUUUAUCAAUGCAUGUUGCGAAAUUUGUUCGAAGAAUACAAAUUUUUCCCCCAAUAUCCGGAUAAGGAGCUUCAAAUCACCGCACAACUAUUCGGCGGCAUGAUCGAACGUCAUUUAGUGACAACGUACGUUGCUUUGGGACUCGCUUUACGAUGCGUGCUCGAUGCCUUGAAGAAACCCGAAGGCUCUAAAAUGUACUAUUUCGGUAUAACAGCGCUGGACAAGUUCAAAACGAAACUUCAUUUGUACCAAAAGUACUGCGAACACGUGAGAUCAUUACCAAACUUCUCCGAAUUUCCCGCAGAUUUGAUCCAAUACGUCGAAUACGGCUUUCAAGGGCAAGAACCGCCCAAUAAACCCCCAUCGGGACCAAUUCCGAUGCCUAAUUUGAUGGGCGGCGGUACAAGUGUCACUCCCGCUGGCAUGUAUCGAAGCAAUUCCGCAGCUGGAAAUAUCAUUUCAACCCCGACAACGUCAACAUCGAAACCGACACCGACUUUGGCUUCGUCAACUGUCGCUCCAACACGCGUCAAAUCCAUCGCAAAUGCCACGAAUAUCGAUACGUUACUUGUCGCCGUGGAAAAUAAGGAAAAUUUCACGACGCCGCCCGAAAGUGUGCAAGAAAAAACGGCUUUUAUCUUCAACAACUUGAGUCAGCUCAAUUUGACGCAAAAAUGCGAAGAAAUCAAGGAAAUUAUGACGAAAGAUUAUUAUCAGUGGCUUUCGAAUUAUUUGGUUUUGAAACGCGCUUCAAUCGAACUCAAUUUUCACGGAUUAUAUUCCAACUUUUUGGAUUCCUUAAAAAUCCCCGAAGUCAAUAAGAUGGUCACGAAAGAGACUUUUCGUAAUAUCAAAGUACUUUUGCGAUCGGAUAAGGGAAUAGCGAAUUUUUCUGAUCGCAGUCUUUUGAAAAAUUUAGGGCAUUGGUUGGGAAUGUUGACUUUGGCACGAAACAAGCCAAUUUUGCAAAUCGACAUCGAUCUGAAGUCUCUGCUGGUUGAAGCUUACAACAAGGGACAACAAGAAUUGCUUUAUACAGUCCCCUUUGUUGCUAAAGUCAUCGAGUCAUGUGCUAAAAGUAAAGUUUUCAAGCCGCCAAAUCCCUGGACGAUGGCUAUCAUGAACGUUUUGGCGGAAUUGCAUCAAGAACCGGACCUAAAAUUAAAUUUAAAGUUCGAAAUUGAAGUUUUAUGCAAGAAUUUGAGCAUUGACGUGAGCGAUUUGAAGCCCGCUGUGUAUCUCAAGGACCCCGAGCGACUCAUGAACAUCGAAUAUCAACUCUCCCAACCCUCCAAGCAGAAAGAAGUUGGUCCCUCGGUAGGUUCUGGCGCUGGAGUACUCGCGACUUUACCAAAUUCGGAAGAACAAACCGCCACAACAGCAAAUAUCACAUCCGCAUCGCCCUCAAUUGAUGCCGCUUCGAUGAUGUUGACGCCUCCCGAGCCGAGAUUUAGUGUUAUGGACAUCAAUGUCACCAGUAUCGCGACAAUUGCGCAUCAAAUAAUUUACAAUCCGAAUAUUGGGCUGUUUAUGUCGCAUCCGCAAUUGAAAGCUGUGGUCAAAGCCGCCAUCGAACGCACAAUAAACGAAUGGAUUUCGCCCGUGGUUGAUCGUAGUGUCAAAAUUGCGCUCAAAACGAGUGAACAAAUUGUCCGAAAAGACUUUGCUCUUGAGCCGGAUGAGAAUCGGAUGCGAUCCGCAGCUCAUAAUAUCGUUCGGAACUUGACGGCAGGCAUGGCGAUGCACACGUGUCGCGAUCAACUCUUGCAAAAUUUGCAAAGUAACAUCAAAUCGUUGUUCCUGUCGACUUUGAAUCCGGCGCAGAAGGAUUUAAUUGAAGCAGCUGCCACACAAAUUGCGGCAGAUAACACGGAAUUGGCUUGUGUUUUCAUCCAAAAAACUGCCAUGGAGAAAGCUGUCUUAGAAAUGGACAAAGUUUUGGCGGCGGAUUAUGAGACACGAAAACAAGCCCGUCAAGAGGGACGUCGCUAUUACGAUGGCACCGUUUUGGCUUAUCAGAAUGAACGAUUGCCCGAAACGAUUCGGUUGAAGGUUGGCAAUGUCACGGCGCCUCAACUUGCGGUUUAUGAGGAAUUUGCGCGAAAUAUUCCCGGAUUUCAGCCGAUUUUGGAUCGUGAUCCGAGUGCUUUUAUGCCGAAACUACCAAACUUUUUCCAAGAUCCCAUUAGUACUCCGAUGCCUCCGAUGGCAGCUGUGACGCCUUUUAACGCCGUGCAAUCGACGAUGCAGCCCUACGAUGAAAUCAGCGUCAUUUACGAUGAAAUUGCCGCCAAAAUGGAAGCUUUUAUGAAUGCGGCGAUCAGUGUGCAACAACUUCAGAUGCAUUUGGCCAACAUGAACGCCUUGUUCGAAUGCAUCGUUAAUGCACGUCGUACUCGCGACAACACAACCGGCAUGAUUUUGCUCAAGAAAAGUGUCGAAGGACUCAUGGAGGGACUCGUUAACAUCCCCGAAUGCAUGGAACAGAUUAAACUUUAUCGCGACAUUCAUUUGCGCAUUUUGCGACUCUUGCAGGAUAAUCGCAGCUUUGGUAGUGCAUGGACUAAUAAAGCUAUUGCCAAACUCAUGAUCGAGUGUCGCGAAGAAAAUCGUUACAACAUUGAUGCGAUUGAUUUGUUGAUUUCGUCGAACUUUGUAAAUUUGCCGAUUUAUGACCAAAUGUUGGCGGCGUUGAUAGACAAUGGAAAUAAUUAUAUGGCGAUUACGUUGGCGAUGCAGCUGAUUCAGAUGUAUUUGAUCGAUGAGCGUCACAGUGAGCAUAACGUUACGGAAAAUGACUUUUUGACGACGAUUGAUAUUUUGGCGCGGUUGGCGGCGCAUCCAAGAGCUCCCGAGGGACUUUCGCAUUUGAUCGAUGUGCUGAGAUCGAGUCAAGAUCAGUCGAGUGUGCUUGUGGAUAGGGCAAUGAGUGGUCCAACGUCGUAUAUUCACUCGGGAAUGUUACAAGCAAGGACAACCGACAUGGUCGACGUUGAUGGCUUUGCCGAAAAAACGGAGCAUCUUUUCCGUCAUUGGGUUUACACAUACCACAACGACAUUCAACGCGAUCCCGUCAAAAGCUUCGGUGGCUUUGUCAAUCGCAUGAAUUUCUUGGGUGUCUUGAAAGGAGACGAACAACUGACCAAAUUCUUCACUUUGGCGACAAAAAUGUGCAUCGACGCGUCGUAUCGCAACUUGGCAGAUACCACAAUUAACCAAUCGAUCGCAAAAACAAAAACUUUCCAUUCGAUCGACGCGUACGUGAAGCUAAUUGCGCUCUUGGUGCGUCAUUCGGGAGACGGAAGUAACUCAAACACAAAGUUGAAUCUGUUGAAUAAGGUUCUCGGAAUUGUCGUUGGAAUCUUGUUACAAGACCAAGAACAGCUUCAUUGCGCAAAUUUCCAACAACUUGGAUAUCAUCGCAUCUUCAUAAUGCUCUUCCUUGAGCUCAGUGCACAUGAUGCCAUCCUCGAAAACAUCAGCGUUGGAGUUGUAACAGCAUUUUGUCACACCUACCAUAUGCUUCGUCCCGCAAACGCGCCCGGUUUUUGUUACGCCUGGCUCGAACUCAUCUCGAACCGCGUCUUUAUCGGUCGAAUUCUCGCAAUGAUCCCGCAACAAAAGGGCUGGUUCAUGUAUUCGCAGCUCCUGAUCGACUUAUUCAAAUAUUUGGCGCCUUUCUUGCGAAAUGCUGAACUCGCCAAACCCGUAACUGUCUUGUACAAAGGCACAUUGCGCGUUCUUUUGGUCCUUUUGCACGAUUUCCCCGAGUUUUUGUGCGAUUAUCAUUUUGGAUUUUGCGACGUAAUUCCGCCAAACUGCAUCCAGAUGCGAAAUUUGAUUUUGUCGGCAUAUCCGAGAAAUAUGCGAUUGCCCGAUCCCUUCACGCCCAACUUGAAUGUCAGCGGAUUGCCGGAUAUCACGACGCCGCCGAGAAUUUGCACAAAUUACACAGCUGCUAUUCAACCGGCGAGCUUCAAAAAGGACUUGGACUCGUAUUUGAAGCAACGAGCACCCGUCACUUUCUUCGCCGAGUUGAAGAGAAACUUGCAAAUUAGCAACGAACCGGGAUCGCGUUACAAUAUCCCCUUGAUGAAUGCACUUGUUUUGUACGUGGGAACACAGGCGAUUGCUCACAUGAGAUUAAAAAAUCAAGUGCCAAGCAAGCAAACUGUCGCCUCAAGUGCUCACAUGGACAUUUUCCAAAAUUUGGCUGUCGAUUCCGACAACGAAGGACGUUAUCUCUUCUUGAAUGCCAUCGCUAACCAAUUGCGUUAUCCCAACAGUCACACCCAUUACUUCAGCCGAACUCUCUUGUAUCUCUUCCACGAGACAAAUUCAGAGGCAAUUCAGGAACAAAUCACGCGCGUUCUCUUGGAACGUUUGAUCGUCAAUCGCCCUCAUCCAUGGGGACUCUUAAUUACAUUCAUCGAGCUCAUCAAAAAUCCGGAAUACGAAUUUUGGAAACAUGAUUUCGUUCAUUGUGCGCCCGAGAUUUCAAAACUCUUUGAAUCCGUGGCCCGCUCAUGCAUGGUCAAGACAAACAACCAACAACAACCCCCAAAUAUCGAAAAUGCCGAUUUAGCGGAGCUUAACUAGCUAUUAACGCAGCUUUUUUAGACAACGUCUUAAUUUCUUCUUACAUUUACUUAUGUUCCAUAUUUUGUGAUUCACACGGAAAAAAAGUAUUUGAAGCUGUUUAUACUUGAAAGAUAGAAAAUUACUAAAAAAAAUGAUUGAAAAGAAAAAAUAAGACACUUUUUGAUCAAAUUUAU